UCGGUUCCAUCCAACUGUGGAAUGAGCAGCGUUGCUGUGUGAGUGGUGCCUAAUUCGUCAGCUCCGUGAAUUCUCUGUGGAUUCCUUGUACGUUCGGAUUACGUUGAGUGAUAUACACGUCGGAUUCUCUUCAGGACUACCAAACAAGAGGCAAAACAGCCAGGAGGUUUUUUGAUAACAAAGUGAUGGUUGAUGUACCAGGGUGACGCGAUGUUAUCCCUUGGCGAGAAACUCAAACGUGUGGGCGCCAAUUUGACGCCCGCGAGUUCGAGAAGCUCUCUCGAGAAAUCCGAACGCGGGUCCAAUUAUCAACAAGAGCUAUACUCCAAUCCAGGUCCCGGAGCAACUGAAAUCGUUGAAGUUCUGCGUAAACGACUCGCCGUUCUGUCAGGUGGUGAAGACAAACGAGGAGGUCCGGUUGUGACGAUAUUCGCGCCGCAGGAUGACUUCAACUCGAACGACCUCAAGCAAACGCUACAUUUCCUCAAGGAUCUCAUCGGGUUGGAGGAGCGAGAAAUCGGACUGUCGGUGCUGCUGGAGGGAUCCCCAGUCCUGAACCGAUGCCUUGAGGAGGUGAUAGGCUCCGUCCAGAAUGUGUUCGGUGAUUGCCUCAACGCCAUCUACGUGUACUCGUCACACGGGCUGUGGAACAAGAGUCGCUCAUCACCAGAUCUGCGGAAGUCGCUUCAGGAAAAUUCGGGGGCGACGAUGAGUUUCGUAACUCAACAGAAACUCUUCAAAGUUAUUUCGCCUUUCCAACUGACUAACGAGUUCGGAGGGACCCUGGAAUACAAUCACGCGGCUUGGUUGGAGCGUCAGCUGGCAAUAGAGAAGUUUCUGAGGGACGCGAGAAUAAUCAGAAAACAUGCCGAGUCGACGAUCCACACAUGCGAAGCCCGGCUCGACAUGGAGGGCCCCAAUCCCGCGUCGGUGGAGGACAUUCAGAGGAGCUGUGACGCGAUGGGCGACGUGAUUCAGAACACGUUCGUCAACGGCCAAAAGUUGCUCCUGAGUCUCCAGAGUGAGACGACGGGCUCCCUAUCUCAGUGCGGCAAAGGCGCCCUGAAACAGAAUGCGUCGCAAUUGCGAAGCGUCAAAACCGUGCUCGACUCGGUAGCGAGUAUCAAAAACUCCUACGACGAACGCUGGAAGGCUUUGCACGGGGCAUUGAGGCAAAUAUCGAACAUGCAACGGUUUGUUCAAGAAAGCGCCGAAGUCGUCUCCUGGGUAGAGUCUGAAGGAGAACGCCUCCUCAAGGAGGGAACUCCGGUCAUCGCGGCUUCUUUCGAAGAAGCGCUAGUCAAACGGAAGCACAUGCAUCAAGUUGCUGCCCUCUCAAUGGAAUGUUACACCCGUUACUUGCAACUCAAAAGUCUCGCGCAGCACCUACUCAGAGAGCCGAACCCGGACAUCGCAACAAUCCAGUCGACGAUACAGCGACUCGACGCAACGUGCCAAGUGUUUGCAACGAAGGUGGAUGCGCGACGCCGUGCGUCGGAGCUAGCCGUCGUCUUCUAUCAAACAUUCGAACAUACAUUGAAAUUAGCCAAAGACGUCGAACGACGAGUUUGCGCUGGGAACAGCAGCAGUGCAUCCGGAGGAGACAUGAGCGGUAGCACCGGCACCGAUUCGGCCUGCGAUUCGUGUAAUUCCGAUGGAUGCAGCGUUGCUGAUGACGAGGAUCCCUUGCUGGCCGAUGGCCAAACGAUCCAGGACGCUCACAAAGCCAUCUUGGAACUCGACGAAACCAGCACUGUUCUCCGAAGUAAUCUGGAAGACUUCAAGCGGAUCUCUGUGGCGUUCGCGAAAAGUCUCCAGAACCGAGAGUUCGAGGCCGCUCAACCCAUGGUGCAGCGAAUGUGUGGCGCUAUACAGAAGGAUAUGGACAGCGUGAGAACACUCAUCGACACAAAACGGAACCAUCUGGUGCAAACGGUUCAGUUGCUCAGCUGCGAACAAGACGCUAAACAGUCAAUCCACUGGCUCGAGGAUUUGUGUCUGGCGGCACAGAACUCGUUGGAAUCCGACAGCGGAAUCGAAGAGCAGAGUUCGCGCUUGAAACACGAGAAGAUGGACACAACGGCCAAGGAAGCCUACGAGUACGGUCGCCGACUUCUGGACACGGCUGUGAAAUUGCGGAAGAGCUGCAAAUACAAGACCGGACCAUCGAUGCGGAUAGCCGACCGUCUCUUCAAUGGAUGGCUGCGAUACAUCAACAUCACGAAGGGUGGAAGGAACUCAAGUCAAAGCUCAUCGAUGAGUUCUCCAUCGUCAUCGCCGAUAACCCCGAAAGUUCCUCUGGGCAAAACCUUAUCGACGUUUAAGAAUCGUCGCAGCGGCAUAUUCCUGCCCCCGACGGCCGAGGCUCGGAAACUUCGCUCGUUUCACAGUUGCAGUUCACUCGUUUGAAGAGUCAUCAUUUUCACCACUGCAUUGUACAAAACAGAGAUAUUUGUAGAAAACUUUACAACACAACAACUGUAACUCCAAAUUGUAUGUAUUAUAUAAGUUCCAAAUCAGCGAAAGCGAAGAGUCGAAUCAUCGACUACCGAAUGAUUUCGGAAGUUACCCUUCUCUGUGUAGCGGGUCGUCAAAUCCUGAAAUUCGAGACCGCGGAAGCGGUUUCUGGAGGAGCCAGCCGGUCAAGACUCAGCAAGCUGCCUUAUGCGUCAUGCAUAACGCCGUUUUGCUUCUUACAGUAAUUAGAUUCAUCUCAUCCUCCACUGACAUGACGAGUUUGGCACUGAUCUGUGACCUAUAAGCUCGUCUGUCCAACAGUUGCCAAGAAUUUCCCUAGCCUUUGUCGAAGGUCGCUCAGGUCGAACUUCAGCCUGUCCGCCGUCGCGUACGCAUCGCAUAUUAUCGGACAGGUCCGCAAUACCUGUCGCCGACCCGAGUCGUUCACAUGGUCGCCGCUAUAAGACGACGAUAUGAUCCAAUAAAGCGAAACUACAAAUGAGGAC